UUUUGCCGAUCAUUGCAUUGAAUGAUUGAAUGCAUAUUAAUAUUAGACAUGCAUUGAGUAAAUGAUGUGAUAAAAAACAUUUGCAAUAUUUAGUGAUCUAUUGAUUAAAAAUUAAAUGAUUUUUUGUAGUGAUUUGUCUUUUGAUUGAUUAAACUAAACAACCAAUUGAUGACUCAUUUUCUGGUCGUAUAUAUGUUUGGAUGUGUUUUCUUUAGAUAUAUUUCUCAUCAAAGGUGUUAUAUGUGAUUGUAAUGGUUGUGGUUGUUGUCCAUUGGAAAAGAUGUACCGAUUGACCAAAAAAAAGUCAACGCGUUCUCUAUAUUUGACUAUUAUUUUGGUUUUUCUUAUUUCACUUUUUACUGCAUUUGUCUAUUACUUUGUACUUAUCGAUGAACUUGAAAUUAAACCGAAAACUAUUGUCAAUAAUAAUGAUAAUAUAGAAAAACAAAUCAAUUACAGAUUGUCUGGUCUUGAAUUAGGUCUUAAACAGAAUAGAGAUCUAUUGAAAAGUAUUCGCUAUAAAUUAGAUAAAGUAUUUAAAGAUAUUAAUGAAAACAUUAACAAACAAAAUGAAGAAAUUGAAAUAUUAGACUACAUUCGCGAUAACUCUAUCUGUUUGUCGAAAAAGUCAGAAAAUGUAUUUAAAUCAAAUAUAUCGCUAAGUGAUGUCUAUGAAGAGCUUAAGUUUGAUAAUACGGAUGGAGGAGUUUGGAAACAGGGUUGGGAACUCAUAGUUAAUGAAACGGCAUUUACUAAAGCAAACAAAUUGAAAGUGUUUGUAGUACCGCACAGUCACAAUGACCCAGGUUGGAUUAAAACAUUUGACAGAUAUUUUAGAGAACAAACCAAACAUAUUUUAGAUAAUUCAGUAAAUAAAUUGAGUCAAAAUACAAAACUUAAGUUUAUUUGGGCCGAAACUAGUUAUUUAAGCGCGUGGUGGGAGACAGUCAAAGAUGACCAAAUGAGGGUUAAGAUGAAGCAAUUGGCAGAAUCCGGUCAACUUGAGAUCGUUACCGGCGGGUGGGUUAUGAAUGAUGAGGCAAAUGUUCACUAUUUUGCAAUAAUUACACAAUUAGUUGAGGGACACGAAUGGCUUAUGGAUCAUUUGGGAGUUAAACCUAAAUAUGGUUGGGCUAUUGAUCCAUUUGGUCUCUCACCUACAAUGGCUUUUAUUCUUAAAGAAAUGGGAUUUGAAGGAAUGGUAGUUCAAAGAGUGCAUUACGCUAUCAAAAAAUAUUUAGCUUAUAAUAAACAACUUGAGUUUCGUUGGCGACAAUCCUGGGAAAGUAAUGUCGACAAUGAUAUAGUAGCGCACAUCGAGCCCUUCUAUUCAUAUGAUGUCCCGCACACGUGUGGUCCCGAUCCGAAAAUUUGUUGUCAAUUUGACUUCAAACGAUUGCCGCCAUCACGUGUCAAAUGUCCGUGGAAAGUACCGCCACAGAAGAUUACCGAUAAUAAUAUUCAUCAAAGAUCUCUUUUACUUUUGGAUCAGUACCGAAAAAAAUCUAUGCUCUAUAAAACAAAAUCACUUUUAGUUCCCAUAGGGGAUGAUUUUCGUUUUGAUAAAACUGAUGAAUGGGAUUUACAGUCAGAAAAUUAUCAAAAAUUGUUUGAUUAUAUGAAUUCAAGACCUGAAUUCAAUGUUGAAAUAAAAUUUGCGACAUUAAGUGAUUAUUUUGAAUCACUUAAAGGACAAACUAAUUUGCCAACACUUACGGGUGAUUUCUUUACAUAUAGUGAUAGAGAUGAUCACUAUUGGAGCGGAUAUUAUACCUCAAAGCCUUUUUAUAAGCGUUUUGAACGUAUUUUAGAGUCUCAUCUGAGAAGUACUGAAAUUAUCUAUUCAUUGGCAACGAUUGUUAAUCAUCACUCUAUUGAUCGACUUAACGCAUUGUUACCAAUGUUUGUCUACGCGCGACAAAAUUUAGCACUAUUUCAACAUCACGACGGUAUCACUGGAACAGCUAAAGAUGUUGUUGUCAAUGAUUACGCUAAUCGUAUGUUUAAAUCAUUGGAAAAUUUGGAGAAAAUCAGUGCCCAAUCCAUAAUAAAUUUAUUGCAUUACGAGACCAAUGAUUUAAAUGAACUAAAAUUUGUUGAUAAACUUCCCAAUUCAUACACACCAUCCGUUAAGACUGUAUUCACAAUUGAUAACAACGAUCAGAUUUGGUAUUUUGUAAUAUUUAAUUCAUUGGGAUUCUCAACGCAUGAAUUGGUUUGUAUUCAUGUGAAACCUAUUUUGAAUAAUUGGUGUAUUAAAGAUAAUGAUGGCAUUCAAGUGGAAAACAUUCAAAUUAACAAAGUUUGGGCAAUGGAUAAGCUAUUAGAUGAUAGAAUUGAGGCCUGUUUUACAAUUCAUAUGAAGGCAUUGAGUUUAGUUCAAUAUAGUGUUGAAGUUUGUAAUGAUAUUAAAAGUCAUCGGACGCCAAGUGCUGUCACUUUAUAUAAUUUCGAUAAUAAAUACAAUAAUAUAACCGAAAACAUUAUAUCAUAUGAUGAAACACCCACUGAAAUACACUUAGAAACCGAUAACAUUGGACUUAAAUUUAGCGGCGCUGACGGUAUGCUCCGUCAGAUGACUAUCAAUGACAUGACAAUAAACUUGAGGAUGAAAUUCAUGACAUACGGUACUCGACCCGGAAGUAAAAAAGUUCAGAAGAGUGGCGCUUAUAUAUUUCUUCCCGACAAUGAAAACGCUCAGGACUUGGUUUACAGCAAUUGCAAGAUUAGGAUUACUAAAGGAAAUAUUUUGACCAAAUUUGAGACAAUCAUUGAAAAACCAAUACCUAUUAGACAUCAAAUCGCUGUAAUUAAAGACAAGAAAUAUAUUGAAAUGGAAAAUGAAUUUCUAAUAACUCAUUCUCUGUUUGGAAAUAAAGAACUAAUGAUCCGAUUCUUUAGUGAUAUAGAAAACAGUGAUAUUUUUUAUACGGAUCUCAAUGGGUUUCAAAUGAUUAAACGCAAACGUUAUACUAAAAUCCCACUCCAAGGAAAUAUUUAUCCAAUGCCUACCACUGUUUAUAUUGAAGAUGAAAUGCAUCGGUUAAGUGUCUUAUCGGGACAACCAUUGGGAACGACGAGUCCUCGAUCGGGUUGGGUCGACAUCUUUUUGGACAGACGUCUUCUUCAAGAUGAUCAAAGAGGUCUUAAUCAAGGAGUUGUCGAUAAUAGGAAAACUCGAGAGACAUUUAAAUUAUUAUUAGAAAGAGUAUCAACAGUACCAUCGCGUGUCCCACAAGAAUUGAAACCAACAUUAGAAUCACAAUUAGAAUUACAGAAGUUGUUGACACCACCCGUACUAAUGUACAGCACUUUUAAAAGUACAUUAAGUGAGGUUUACUUUUUACACAAUCCAUUUCCAUGUAAUAUACAUCUCAUGAAUUUAAGACGUUCCUCGAAAGGUAACAAAUAUAACCUCUUUUUGCACCGAUGGGCCGUUUCCUGUGAAGCUAAGUGUGCCAAUGCUUCGGCUAUUGAACUGACUAAACAUUUCUCACCGAUAGUCACCAAAUCUUUGCAACCAUUGAUUAGUCGCAUGAGUUUAUCAGCACUUUAUGAAAAAGAGUCCGAUAUCUCAAUUGAUAGCAAACUAAAUAUCAAUGAAAUGCAUAUAAAUGUAUAUCAAUUGCAAACAUAAAGCAUUUAUU